AUGAGUCAACAAACACCACAGGAGAGCGAACAGACCACGAUAAAAGAACAAGACAUUGAUCAAGAGAGCGUAUUGAGCAACAUUGACCUCAAUACUGAUUUGAACCACAAUUUGAAUCUAUCCGAAUACUGCAUAUCCAGUGACGCAGGAACAGAGAAGAUGGAUAGUGAUGAGGAAAAGUCGCUGGCUAGUUUAGCGGAGCUGAGGUAUGCUCCUAAGUUAUCAAGUCUGGUGAAGCAAGAGGGGCCUGCGGAGGAUUUGAAACGGCCACACGAAGAUGAGAGGGAGGUGGAAAUAGACGAGGCCAAGAAGAUCAAGCUGCCAAAGGAGGACGAGGACGAGAAGGAGGACGAGGAGAAAGAGGAGGAGGGGAAGACGGAGGAAGUAGAAGAGGCAAUUGACAGCAAGGAGAAGAGUGCGGAUGCCAGGGACGAACAAGGGGACGAAGGUGAUAAUGAAGAGGAAAACAACGAAGAAGAGAAUGAAAACGACAACGAGCAUACGGCACCGCCUGCGCUGGUGAUGCCGUCGCCAAUCGAGAUGGAGGAACAGAGAAUGACGGCGUUGAAGGAAAUCACCGACAUCGAGUACAAGUUCGCGCAAUUGCGCCAGAAACUAUAUGAUAACCAAUUGGUGCGGUUGCAAACGGAGCUGCAGAUGUGUCUUGAAGGCUCACAUCCAGAAUUGCAGGCGUACUACUCGAAGAUUGCUGCGAUCCGCGACUACAAGCUGCACCGGGCGUACCAGCGGCAGAAAUAUGAGCUGUCAUGCAUCAACACCGAGACGAUCGCCACCAGAACGUUCAUCCACCAAGACUUCCACAAGAAGGUCACCGACCUGCGGGCCAGGCUGCUUAAUAGAACCACGCAGACAUGGUACGAUAUCAACAAGGAGCGGCGCGACAUGGACGUUGUGAUCCCAGACAUCAACUACCACGUCCCCAUUAAGCUUGACAACAAGACGCUGAGCUGCAUCACGGGCUACGCCAGCGCAGCGCAGCUGCGCUACCCUGGAGAGCCUGUGGCAGAGGACCUGGCUUGCGAGAGCAUCGAGUACCGUUACAGAGCCAACCCGGUUGAUAAACUCGAAGUCAUUGUGGACCGAAUGAGACUGAAUAACGAGAUCAGCGACCUCGAAGGUCUGCGCAAAUACUUCCACUCCUUCCCGGGUGCUCCUGAGUUGAAUCCACUUAGAGAUUCCGAAAUCAACGACGACUUCCGCCAAUGGUCCCAGUGA